AUGUCGGGAGCGAUCGCCUCAGUCAGUGGAGUCCAAGGACGAACAGAUUUGUUGUUAACAUCCACUCGGAGGGAGAAUGGCAGGCUAAACGAGGUUCUGGAGCCCUGUAAUCAGAUUCUACUCAUGUUCCGUCUUUGUGGACUCCCACCAAUGGAGAUCCGACAGUUGAUCGGCAUUCUAAGUGGUACCAAAGUGAAGCCCGCGUGGAAAUCUCUGUUUUAUGCUAAUUGCUCAGCACGCACAAUUCACGAUAACUUCGAGAGUGGCUUGCGUUUUCUCAAAUAUAUCAAAAGACCGCACAAACGAAUAUCCGUACGCCACAAACAUCUCAUUGACAUCACCGGAGAUCGCUCUGGGAGGGGAACCGACGAGACCGAUGUUUUAUUGAAUGAUCUAAAAAACCGAAUUUCCACCAAACAGUUAUCGGAUGGCACAGCAUGUCGAGCUGCCCUGCAGACAAAGUCGGGCAUGACCAAGCCAGGAGAUCCAUGGACCGACCAUUGUAGGAAACCCAUACAUGCCACCAUCUCGGUAGCACUCACCAGUGGAUACAAAGUCAGCCCAAUUAGUAUAUUUCGCUCCUCCUUCUCGUCUUCGAAUUGUAGCCAGCUGCUCAAAGUGGUUCUUCGGAGAGGAGGUCGAACUUCAUCAUGCGUGUCAGAGAUUACCAGUCUUCUAGACCAUUACUCCGUUGCUAGUUCUAGGGCAUCACCCCACGAAUCCAAAUUGUCGACGGACGAUCUCCUGCUGUCAAUUCUACCAUUACACUAUCCACCAGUGUUAGAUACCAAGCAAUCAAUCAAAACCCUGUUAUUGAAAUAUCGAGCCUGUUCUGAGAAGGAUUUCCUUCAUCAGAAAAUCGUGAAUGCAACAUUGCAGCAGGUUGUCUUCCAACUAGCUGAAGCCCACACCGGGACCUCAUGUCCCUAUGAUAAAAUUCAUUGCUUUGGAAAUAACGCUCUUUUCUUUGCCGCCCGUUCCACCGUCCUGACAUACGUGCUCUCAUGCAUCAUCGGGAACACCGCCAACCUAGAUGUUCAAGGUCUCAGCAUGACGAAUUUCGACUUUGACAUUAUAACCCUUUUGUUUCAACAAAACAAGAUCUGGCAAUGGCUUGCCCUCUCUAUGCAACCACUGCCGAGCCCUAAUAGACGAACGACUUUCCACAAUCGACCAUGGCUGUGUACGCUCCUCAAACAAGAGGGAGUCCUAGCGUCUUCCACUAACUCAUACUAUGUUCUACCCUGGCACCCAAACAACUACAAUGCCAGGCUACACACUCCUAGCGCUUUUCUUGUAAUCCGCAUUGAGGGCGCAAAUGUAAACCCCAGUGGCCGUGAUAACAAAACAAUUCGGAACCUUGUCUCCAAAAUCCCGAAAGAGGAUGUCCUGGAAUACCUCCUCUCUGUUGGCGCUAAAGUGAACUACCGGAAUCGGGACGGUCAAUAUCCAAUUAAUUACCUCCAAGGAGUGUUGCAACGGAAACUGCGUUCUACAUCAAACAUCGGUCAUUUCGCGGAAGCCUUGAAAUGCUCAGUACUUCUCCUGGAUCCUGGGCCCCAGGCCGGUUAUUUUCGGUCUACCCAAAAGAAACGCAUUCAUUGCAAGCAAGUAAAUUGCAUGGCUCAUCUCAAAUAUGCAAUUCAUAAUAUUGGUCUUCGGACAAAUCAUCUUCUCUUCCGUAAGAAAUCCGCAUUCCGGGAUCUGCCCUAUAAUCCGCUGGUGGUGAUGGUAAAGCAGGACCAUGAUGGUAAAUCCCAAUACAGUUUCGCAGCAACUCCAGAAGCGAUAUUUCUCGUACCACUGAGCCCAAAGAGCAUUCUCAACAUUGCAUGGAAUGAAUUGGGGCCUGAGAACCACAUCCUUGUAGUUACGUCCGACAGAAUCCCUCGGGCGUAUCAUCACAGGGUUGUGGACUUGCCGCAGAUGGCCAACAUUCGCUGCUAUUUUCAUUCCUCUUCUUUCCCUUCACUCAGUGCAAUCUCGACUUUGCUGCUUCAAAUUUAUGAUCCUUUCAGAAUUACAGGCCUGUUUCGACGGAUUGCAGGACGCUCGGAUAUUUCCUUGGCCCCAUGGACGAAUGCGGCAAUUCUCGUGAUAAUAUUCCGGAGUGACAUCCUCUUCGAAGGCAUUAAGCUUUUGUACGUGUCAGUUGAUGUCUCACUUAACCGCCGUCUACUGGAGAGCAUUUAUUUCGUUGUCACUACCUAA